AUGACUCUAGACCUGAAUCCCUCAACGAUAGCCCUAGCCACAUUUGACACCCUCCUCGGUGCAUAUGAGACCACUGUACGGCAAAUAACGCGCACCAAGGCCCUUGCGACGUUGAGAUCAAUAUCUAAAACAAAAUCAAAUCUGAAGACAAACAAGACCCAGACUCACAAAAGAACUGCGCCGUCUGAAAACGAAAGGGAGGAGGAUCUCGACUCUGUUUCUGAGCAGGUUCGAGAGUUCCUGGAACUGGAUGAGUGGCGGUAUGAUGUCCUUCCGGGGCUUGUUGCGGACAGACGUCUAGGUAAUGAAAGAGGAAGCGGAGGCCAUCUUUCUAGGGAGGAACUUGUCCAGUUGAUGGAGUGGAAGUUAAAGCACGGCGUUUACCGCCCAACCCUCCUUGGCAUGAUCCGACAAAACCAAGAGAAGAUCAUAUCAGACACUACGGCGAGUGCGUUUUCGUCUUUACCUGGAUCUGUUGAAGGGAAGGAUGGGUUUGAGGCGAUUGAGAAUGCCUUGUUGACACUUACAACGCCCCUUCGCGGUGUUGGGCCCGCAACAGCAUCACUGAUUCUGUCCGUCGCUUGUCCGGAGAUGAUACCGUUUUAUAGUGACGACGUGUAUCUUUGGGUUUGUGCUGGUGUUUACCCGUCCUCGUCUUUUUCCUCGAAAAAAAGCAAAGAGGUGAAGCCGAACGGGGAUCCGAAUGUCAAGUAUAAUGUCGCGGAAUACCGGAGGUUGUGGGAGAGGGUGGAAGGGUUGAGGGCGAGGUUGAAUGAGGAGGCUGACGAAGGGAAACGGGUUUCUUGUAAGGAUAUUGAGAAGGUGGCGUUGGUGGUGAGGCAUUUUGGUUUGUCUGGGUUGGGGGUUUGCGAUGAGGGUGAGAAAGGGGAUCUGAGGGAGAGUGGUGAGGGUGCAGGGAGGAAGAAGAGGAGGUUAUAG